AUGGGGCUGCUGCUCCAGGAGGGGCCUCAGACAAGCGAGGGGUCCCUACAGUACCCCCCCGCCCCCAGACAGCUGCCACCUCGGGGCAGGGACAGGCCUCCAGGUCCAGAUGGGCUUCUCUUUGCCCAAGUUCCCCUCACUUUGCUCCUGCCUCGGCAUUCCUGGGAAUUCUCUCGUUCAGUCCUUCUUUGCCUGACCGGGUCAGGGGAGCCGCCGCUUCUGUCUGAACCUCAGUGUCUGCCUUGUCUGGGGUCUCCCCGCACCUCUCACUCCAUCCCACCUGCCCCUUACAGCCCCCUUCCUUCCCAUCCAGGCAUUGGCACCGUGCCCGUGGGCCGCGUGGAGACGGGCAUCCUUCGGCCAGGCAUGGUGGUGACCUUCGCGCCUGUGAACAUCACCACGGAGGUGAAGUCCGUGGAGAUGCACCAUGAAGCUCUGAGUGAGGCCCUGCCUGGCGACAACGUUGGCUUCAACGUGAAGAAUGUGUCGGUCAAGGACAUCCGUCGCGGCAACGUGUGCGGGGACAGCAAGUCCGACCCCCCCCAGGAGGCUGCCCAGUUCACCUCCCAGGUCAUCAUCCUGAACCACCCGGGGCAGAUCAGUGCUGGGUACUCACCGGUCAUUGACUGCCACACGGCGCACAUCGCCUGCAAGUUUGCCGAGCUGAAGGAGAAGAUUGACCGGCGCUCGGGCAAGAAGCUGGAGGACAACCCCAAAGCCCUGAAGUCCGGCGACGCAGCCAUUGUGGAGAUGGUCCCUGGAAAGCCCAUGUGUGUGGAGAGCUUCUCUCAGUACCCGCCUCUUGGCCGCUUCGCGGUGCGCGACAUGCGGCAGACGGUGGCCGUGGGCGUCAUCAAGAACGUGGAGAAGAAGAGCGGCGGCGCCGGCAAGGUCACCAAGUCGGCGCAGAAGGCGCAGAAGGCGGGCAAGUGAAGCGCGGGCGCCCGCGGCCCGACCCUCCCCGGCGGCGCCGCGCCCCGCCCCCGGCCCCGCCCUC